UGGAGUUGUUGUGUUGUAAAGGUUUAAAUUAAAAUAAAAAAAAGUGAAAUUUGUUUUUUUUUUAUCAAAGUUUGAUUAAAAUUACACACUUUUUCAAUAUUGUUUAUAUCUACGACCAUGUAAUAAAAAUUUAAAAAUUGCCAAUAAGUAAACGUAAAAACAAAAUUAAGUUUGUGAUUCAUGCUAUGUAUAAAAAAUAGAAGGCCACAUAUUGUACUACAAAAAAUUUUUUUUUAUCUCUAAAGUUUUAUUUGUUACCUCAGACGAAAAAAAUGUUUUAUAUUAAAAUUCGCUUAAGUGGUUAAAUUAUUAUCUUAUCAAGUAAGAAAAAAAAACGAUAAAUAUCUGUACGAAAUAUUUUAAAAUAGUUCAAAGUACCUAUUCAUUGCGAUUUAAUUGGUUAUAUUACAUAGUAAUAUUACUCCAUAUAAUAGCUUCCUCAUGAAUGAAAAGAUGAAGCAGCCGACAACAAAAAGUAAGGAAAAGUCGAAUAAUUCUAGUUUACUUUUAACUAAAGAUGAGAAUGAACAAGUUUUUAGCCUUUUAGGAACAAAAUGCCAGUCCUUGGCGACAUCUGUAGUUCAGAUAUAUGUAACUGAAGGUCCAGCACAUUCCCAAUGGCGUAAAAAACAUACGGCCGUAUUAUGUUUAAUUAAAGAUAGCAUCAAAAGGUCAUAUUUCAUGAGGGGUUACUGUUUAAUUAGAAACGAGCUUUGCUUUGAACAUGAAUUAUACGAUGCUAUUAAAAUCCAUAAAACUAGACCAUAUCUUCUUACAUUUGAAGGACAGAAUGGUCAUGUGGCAUUUAAUUUCGCUUCUGAAGAAGAAUGUUUUCAAUUUUACCGUAUGGCUGAAAUUAUAAUAGACAAUCGUGCAAGAAAACGUUUGGAACGCCGAAGUAGACCCAAACCUCCUUUGACGCCGCAAUCAGAUAUUGGACUGAAUGAAUUCAAAAAUAAAACUUUCGAUAAUGUUGACGAUGGCCGAGGGAAAAUUCGUAACAAUUCCAAUGCGCCUAGUUCAACAACAACAACUACAAGUUCAACUUCCAAAGCAACAAAAAUUCUUAAUAAUUUCAGAGAUAGAGACAAGAAAAAACCUAAAAAAUACAGCAAAAGUGAUAUAGGCACACCAACUAAUUUUGUACAUGUUUCUCAUGUAGGUUUUGAUCCCACGAAUAAGGGACCGGAUAUACUUGCCCCAGAAAACGAAGAAUUACUUAAAAAUUUUUUGAUGAAGGCUGGGGUUUCUCAACAGGAGUUAAAUGAUAAAGAUACGCGUGAUUUUAUUUUGGAUUUUGUUCAUAAUCAUAAAGUAAUUGAAUCUUGCAAAACUGAGAGCAAUGAAAAUAAAAUUGAGCCUGCUAAAGCGAAAGCACCAGCCCCAGCUCCUCCUCCAGUAAAAAAACGAGAAUAUAAUGGAUCUACUCAAAGAACUGCGCCUCCUCCUCCUCCUCCUGUUCCAACACGGCAACCACCGCCGCCAGUGCCGACAGCGCCACCUCAACCUGCAAGAGGAGCACCGCCAACUAGGCCCCCUCCUAUAAAUGUACAAGCUCCAGUUGCAUCUCCAGCGCUUGCUUUGGCACCACCCCCUCCUCCACCUCCACCAUCCUCAGUUGCUCCUCCUCCACCUCCUCCAAUGCCAACACAAGUGCCGGUAAUUGAAUCGGUUGUGACUAAAUCAAGUUUACCAGUAGUAGAAGACUCAAGAAGUGCUCUUAUGGAUAGCAUUAGAAAGGGAAUUUCCUUAAGGAAAGUUGAUCCUGCAACAUUAAGUACAGGAAGUGGCGGAGAUCCACGUAGUGAUUUGUUAUCAGAAAUUAGACAAGGAACUGUUUUGAGACCAGUUCAAGACCGUGAAUUACCUGCAGUUGCCAAUCGGGAUAGCAAUAAUAGCGGUGGAGGAACAGAUGCCUUAGCAGACGCUUUAAGACGAGCGUUAUUAGAUCGCAGUCGUGUUAUUCAAUCUUCAGAAGAAGAUACAGACAAUUCAGAUAAUGAAGAUGAGUGGGAAGAUUAAAGAAAUUAAUAAAAUAAAGAAAAAAAUGUUGGUUUCAUGUAUUGUAACAAAUCUGCUUUAACCAUCUACAUAUUUAGUCUUCUCUCUACUUUCAAUAAAUUAAAAAGAAAAUUUAAUUUAUAUUUUCUAGAAAAUUUGAAAAUGAAAUUUAACAAAUAAUCAAGAUUUUCAAAAUUAAUUAUAUGUACAUAUAUUAAUAUGUAUGUAUUUAAUUCCGAAAAUCAUACUUAAGAUUAUAAAAUAACAUGCAAAAUAUGUGGAACGUGAAAUUACAUAAUACGUGUACUUUUUACGUCCAAAAUUUAAAUAUUUAUAUAUAAAAUAACGGUAUUAUGCAAGAUCAAUUUACUAAAGUAUGGCAUAAGUAUUUAAAUAUAUGCAAAUGCAAUUGGACCAAGAUGUAAAGAACGUUACCUAUAGGUUUUGGUUUUGUUAUUUAUCUUGUAAUAACAGUUAUAUUAUUUUAAAUUCGUUUCAUUUUCAGAUAAUAAAACUAAUGUGCCAAAAUUAGAUAAAAGUUUAAACAUAACAUAAAGCAUAUCUUACAGAUUUGCUUAGAUAUAUUAGAAUGAAUAUCCGCUUCCAAAGUAUUUAAAACUGUAAUUAGUUAGCAAAUUAGUAAAUUUCAAUACACUGUUCUAAUUAUCGAACUGAAAUCUGUUGUUUGAACUUAGAAUUAAUUAAAGAUUUAAUAUUAAAUUUAAGCUCCUUUUUGAAUUUGUUGUAUUUUUUUUAAUAAAUGCAGCUCAAAAAAAUGGUAUUUUAAAAAAUAUACACCAAGUAUAUGUACCAGAAAAUUGCAAAUCAAAAAAAAUUUUUUUUUUAUUUAUAUUGUACUUGUUUUAAAAUUUUGUUGAAAUAUUUUCAUAAAGAAUAAGAAAUUUAUCAAUAUCAUGCAAAUAUCUGAUUUUCUAGUCCUUAUUUUGACACAUUAUGCAUAAAUUUUUAUUUCUGCAUUUGUAAAUCUUUUUU